AUGCCCUUAGGUGCAAAUUCCGGGGGCGAUGCGCCGGAAGUUAGGUUGACGGUUUCCAAAGAUUCCCCGUGCGCCGUAUCGUCUGUAGCGACAUUGAUGACACUAGCAGCUGCUGCUGUAGAAAACAGCUUGCUCGAGCAGCAGUUAUCCGACGGCUUGGAGCUUGUGGCGACGGACACAGUAACCUGCGGUGAUGAGGGGACCGAACCGGCGAUAAAAAAGGUGACUCCUAGACGUCCGCGUUCAUUGUGGGACCGGACCAAGAAAGUUCUCAGGCAAAUUUUCUGUUGCUGUGCGGUUGGCCAAGCAGACGAUUAA